CUUAUUUGUGGCUUGGUGUGCUAAGGAAACGCUUCAUCGACUGUGCCUUCCUGCAGUGGGAAAGAUGCAAAACCCCAGUGAAAACACCAGCUUGCAGUCCCAGCCAUCUCCUGAGGAGUGGAAUUAUGGAGCUACAGCAGCACAUAUGAGCCAAGGGCCAUUCGUGUCUGUGUCGAAGAGCGUUCCACCAAGGCGAGAUUACCUGAUAGCGGCGGUGCUGUGCUAUGGAAACUUAAUCAAUUUCAUGGAUUGGUUCAUUGUACCAGGGAUCCUGUUAGAUAUACAGAAAUACUUCGAGCUUAGUGAUGGGAAUACAGGUCUUCUGCAAACAGUCUUCAUCUUGUGUUACAUGGUGGCUGCCCCUAUCUUUGGAUACCUCGGUGACCGGUACAAUAGGAAAAUCAUCCUUGGAGCUGGUAUUUUCUUCUGGUCUGGUGUAACAUUAGGCAGUUCAUUCAUCAGUGAAUCGUAUUCCUGGAUAUUCUUUCUUUCACGAGGAUUGGUUGGCAUUGGCACGGCCAGUUAUUCCACAAUAGCGCCUACCAUCAUUGCAGACCUGUUCGAGGAAGGGAAAAGGACCACAAUGUUAUCUAUCUUCUACAUCUUCAUUCCAGUGGGAAGUGGUCUUGGCUAUGUCCUAGCAGCUGGCAUGGCGCAUGCCACAGAUGACUGGCACUGGGCAUUCAGGAUAACCCCUUGCAUGGGAGUUCUAGCACUGGUUCUUCUGAUUCUGCUGGUCCCUCACAGGACCCAGAGAAGGACAGCAGCACACAGAGCACUGAGCAUCUCUGGCAUGAUACGAGUAGCGGCUGAGAAACCAGGUGUACACAGAACUGCCAAGACUACUUGGUGCCAAGAUGUCCUAUCACUUGCCAAGAAUUGGAGUUUUGUCUGGUCCUCGCUGGGUCUGACCGCCAUGGCCUUCGUUACUGGAGCCCUGGGAAUGUGGGUACCGCUGUUUCUUUACAGGGCUCAGAUUGUGCAGGGCCUUGUAACACCAUGCCUUCAAGAAUCAUGCAGCUCAUCUAACAGCCUUAUUUUUGGAGGCAUCACCAUUGGGACAGGAAUCUUGGGCGUUGUUGCUGGGGCAGAAGCUGCAAGAAGAUUAAGGAAGAUCAACAAUAAAGCCGAUCCUCUGAUCUGUGCUGCAAGCAUGUUCAUUUCUGCUCUGUGUCUCUACGUAGCUCUGAUGGUGGCCCAAACGAACAUCCUUUUGACUUUUAUUUUCAUUGCAUUUGGAGAACUGUUUUUGUCUGUAAACUGGGCUGUUGUGACAGACAUCCUGUUGUAUGUUGUGACACCGAGGCGGCAGUCCACAGCCAUUGCCCUGCAGAUUUUGGUGAGCCAUUUGCUGGGAGAUGCAGGCAGCCCAUAUCUCAUUGGAAUUAUCUCCAAUGCCAUCCAGGCCAAGCACGCUCAAUCAUUCCAGUGGAGCUUCUGGAGUAUGCAGUACAGCUUCAUCAUCUGUGCUUUUGUUGGUGUCUUUGGAGGAGGUUUUUUCCUCUUGACAUCGUUCUACAUUGAGGAAGAUCGUAAGGAAGCAGAGCGGCUUUGAGGUACCAGAAUCGAAUGCUGUCUUUCAAAUGAAGAUGAACUCUGGGGCAAGAGCUACAAAGAAACACAGAAUGCCCUCUCCUUUUUCUUUCCUUUUACUUAAUGAGAUACAGCUAGAGAAAAGGCCAAGUAAGAAUUCCUCCAUAUGGCAGAAAAUCCUGCAGACUGACUUUUUUUGGAUGCUUUUAACUGUGAGUCAAAAAUUGCUACUGCCUUGGCAUAUGGCAACCCUCUCCGCUCUGCAGGAACGUUCUGUGGAGGUGGGAGCUCCAGAGGGGGAUGUAUAGAGCUGUCCCAGGCACGACUGUGAGCUGAAACAAGACAGUGGCGUUUAAGGCAGAAGGAAUCAUAGAGAUUAGGAAAGGAGGCCUAUGAAUUAUCAGCAGGAUGGGAUUUUCCUGUAGGUCUGGAAAAUACUGAUAGUACGAGAAGUGUUUUCAGCAGUCUGUAAUGACCAAGAGAAGAAGCAGCUGGCCAGGUCAGUGUCAGAUUCAAGAUUGGAGGGUCAUGAUCAUUUUAUGUGGAAUACAUUAACAACCUCUUUAUCAUCCUUUGAGGCUCUUCAGUGUAUCCUGAGGCCUUGGGUAAGUAUCUCCUCUCCUGAGUGAACAGUAGGAGCUGUAAACCACUUACAUCUAACUAUCCAUGUGAGCUUUUACCUCUAAAGCGUGUGAGACUUUGGAUCUGGGAUCGUGAUACCAUGCCAGGUGCCAAAAAGGACAUGGUUAGCGUAGCCAACUUCCAUUGUUUGAGUUGGUGCAGUUGCCAGCAGCACCUUAAAGCCAAAGCCCCAGGAGGAUGUUAGCGAGUGAAUUGUGAAGUAUUACACAUCUUGCUUGGUUCUCCCAGUAAAUCUUAAGGAUCAUAAAGCGUGAUAUUCCUGUAAUGACUGUGAAUAUCUAAUGUCAUUAUAAAUAACAUAAUUCAGCAACUGCAGGGUUUGAUUUUUUUUUUUUUCCUCUCUCCCCCUCAUAUUUUAACCAGCUGUUCCGAAACCUGACUUAACCCCAGGUAGUGAAAUCUGGCCAGACCUUAUGCCAAUAUGAGAAAUAGAGGCACAGUUUUUGUGAUGCUUGGUAAGAGUGUAAUAGUAGUCUUGAAAAUAAAAGCUGAUAUUCUCAAAGACUGAGCAAUUUUUCUGGUUGUGAAAACUAGCCACUACUGGCUAUUAGGAAAUUCAUGUGGUGCCAGAGAACCUAUUUCUAGUGAAGGAUUUUUACUGUUGGCUAUGGACACAUCAGCUUGCAGAGGUCUUAAGUCUUAAUAUCUUUCAGGGUAUUUUUUAAGCUACUUGAUAGCAAUGUAUGGAUUGAAACCUCUUGUCUGUAUUCGGUGAAAUUUGUAGCAUUUCUCUUCCAGCUAAAGGAGAACAAUUCUCAUUGCACCAAUACCUCAUUGUAGGAUGAAUUUGGGAGGUCUAAAAAUGUUCUUUAAGGCCUUCACAACUCUCUGCCCACUUGAGGUUGGACUACAGCCUGAGAUUCAUCUGGUCCCCUGUUACUGUGCCACGUGUGCUGUUCAAUGAUACCCAUGUGGCACUGGCAAACAGUUGCUCUGUCGAAAAGGUAAACUGUGAGAUCAUAUAAUCCCAAGGCUGGAAAAGACCUUUGAGAUCAUCAAGUCCAAGUGUACCUGUCCACUACUAAAUCAUAUUCUCCA